AUGAAUUCAAAGAUUGUGAACAACAGAAGGCAUUGCAAACUACUCCUAAAUAAGAAAUCAACUUCCGAUACUCAACUUUCAACAAAAUAUGAACAUUGAAAAUGCGAGAACACAAGCUGGGCAAGAAAAAGACUUUAGCGGAGGAACGAAGGGAACGGAUACUAAAAUUUCUUGAAGAAAACCGAGAGCCCCAACCUGUUGAUGUCCCAAGGGAAAAAGCUUCUGCGAUUCAAAAGGAACCGCCUCAAAAUAAGCCAGGAACUACGAAAAAAAAUCUUAAAUCAUGUUUAGUUUCAACUCCCUUGCAGGACCAGCGAUUGGCCGCCGGCGAGAAUAAUCCCUAUGCACGAAGAACUGGAAAGCUGCCUCGCGUAGAUGAAGAAUGCCAAUUUAAUGCACCGGGUGUAUUUUUUCUAAAAGGACGUAGUGCCAACAUCAGCUGCCAGGAAGUGUUCCUAAAGCCCACCAAGCCGAAACGGAUGGAAUUGAGGAACAAAUGCGAUUUCUUUCCGAAUUAUGUGGACCCGUCGCCAUUCCAGGAUAAAACCACUCAGACCCUAUAUAGGGAAUCUUCCGCGCAGACCUUGGCCUAUUUGCCAGAAAUCUACAAUGGAGAUGAAGCCCGCACCCUAGAGCUGUUUACCCUGCCCUCAGUUCUGCCGGGCAACAAGCCUCCCGGUCUGUACGAGGUGGAAGUUUUCGAGCGAGCUCGUAGACGGCAUAAGUUCCUGGAUGCAGUGAGGAUAAACCUGAAACAGCAACGGCUCGAUGGCAGGAAACUUGACAUUGCAACCAUGGCGGAGGCCUUCGAAUGGGAGCUCUGGAUGGAGCGGGAGGAACGCAUCCAGGAGUGCCAGAUGAUGCGACUAGAGAUCGUGAUCAAGAUGUUCGACAAGCGGGAGCGGGAAAUGCACGCCGCAUCCAAAACGCGUAUGGAACGUGGAUGCGAGCUGAUCGAGAAGCGACGCAAGGAGGCAUUGCGUAAGAAUGAAAUUGAGUAUCAGCGCGGCAUGCGCCGUAUUAGAGAGAAGAUGGCCAAAACCUCGAUUAGGUGGCAGAAGCAGACACCGAUGCACUCCCUGGGAUCUCCCUGCUCCGACUUCUACGCUCCACCCAUGAGAUACGGAGUGGAUCCAGAACGGCGCAACUUCACCUCGACCACCAAAACACGCACUUUCAAUAUGAGAAUUGACGAGCUUGAGAAACAAAUAAACAUGAAAAUAAUGGAGUGUCCUUUCGGCAAAUUGAAGCAAUGGUCCCAGCCCAAGCAACGGAUUGCUGAGAUAGAGAACCGAUUCUGCGAGGAGCACCACCUGGAGGAGCUCCACCGUUUGCUAAAAACGCUGAGAGUCACACCUAAAGGCCCGAAGCCUAAGCCCCAGUGCCUUAAAGUUCUAUUUACUCAUAAAUCAGAUAAACGUGGCAGGAUGUCACUGAUGCCAGUUACCAGGUACAGCAAUCUCUACGAGAGGAAUAUUAACAAAGCACGGCCUUCGGAAAAGCUCACACAAAAGGAAGCUAUUGAGCAGCAUCUGAAGAGGCAGAAAGACCAUCUAGAUCCCCAAAAAAUUGCCAGGGACAUGCAGAAGAACGACCUGAAAAAUAUGCUUCUGGCCUACGAAGGCAGUUUAAUUGGUUUUAUGAUGCAGUUCCUCAGAGAUGAAAUGAAUCGCAUGAAGGAGCAACGCCGGCUGCACUUCUUCUCACUAUUGGCCGACAAACAACGCUGGCAACGUGAGGCGGCCGAGGCGGGCUUGAGGCAAAAGGAGAACAGCAUUAGGAUGCUCUACGAGGAGAUGUUCCAGUAUUCGAAUUCAGUCAACACCGAUAUCAGUGAGCACUAUGUGCACAGUAUUCUGACCACCGAUCUGGGCUACAUGGCUGCCAACCAGGCAGCGGAGGCAGUCACAGAAAUGGCCAGACAAAUCGAUGUCGACAUACAACGAUGGCUGGAGAGCUUCAAGCUCAUACAAAAUCCGCUCAACUACAUUCCACUCCGACUGAUGCUGCACGACAUGGUCUGUCCGGAUCUGAAUGCUGCUCUGCAGCGGUACGAGAUCACCAUGAUUGUGCAGUACAUAGUGGAAGAUGUGGUCUUUGACAGAAUUUGGAAGGCCCUAGAACCCUAUGACAUAUCCAGCACGCUGACUAGCGACCUCAUCGAUCGCCUCAUCGACAACGAUCUGUAUUUGUUCUCCUCUGAAAGUGAAAGCGAAACACUUCAGAACACUUCCUGGUACGAAGCUCAUGCCAUAAUUCGGAAACUAAUUCGACAAUCGGUUCCUGGCAGACGUUGGAAGGAAGAAGCCGAACGCAUCGUUCAUGAAAACUAUAAUGACCUGCUAGAUAUUGUUUUUGAUGAAAUAUUGCGCAAGUUUGAAGCUUCAUCAAGAAUCGAGCCAGUCAUGGUGUGCCGAUCUCAUUCGGAUGAAAACCAUAUCUGCGACGAAAGAUGUACUUGUCAACAACUACCGGAAAUUCAAUCUGAUCUCCGUUAUAUUCCUGGUACGAAGAUAGUCAAAAAUGCGUGGUUUAGCCUUGAAAGAAAAAGCAGUAACGGGCUUAAGGGUCUUGAACCAGAUAAAGCCUACAAAGGAUCUCCCCCAAAUUCCCUUGAUUCAAAGUUCGUCGAAAUAGAAUCCGACGUCGAAGACGAUCCUUGGCCAUGGCUUCCAGAUUGUAAGAGUCGAUCUUCAUCCCAGGAAAACCUAGGAGAAAACAUAAUAGAACAAAUUAUGUAUUUAACAGAAAAAAAAGAGGAAGAAGGGAAACUAUAGCUUAUAAAAAUAGGAAGUUUUAUUUUCUAAAAU